AUGGCAAAUAGCAGAGCAAUAGGUAUUGAUUUAGGUACAGUAUAUUCAUGUGUCAGUGUAUUUCAAAAUGGCAAAGUUGAAAUUAUUUCUAAUGAACAAGGCAAUCGAACAACGCCAUCAUGUGUUGAAUUUACCAAUAACGAACGUUUGAUUGGUGAUGCAGCUAGAAGUCAAAUAUCUAUUAAUUCAAAGAAUACAAUUUUUGGUUUUAAACGACUUAUCGGUCAUAAAUUUGAUGAUGCAACCGUACAGGCUGAUAUGAAACAUUGGCCAUUUAAAGUAAUUAAUGAUAGAGACAAACCAAAGAUUCAAGUUGAAUACAAAAACCAAAUGAAAUUAUUCACAUCUGAAGAACUAUCUUCAAUGAUAUUAGCAAACAUGAAGAAUAUAGCAGAAAUUUAUCUUGGUAAAAAUGUGUCUGAAGCUGUUCUUACUGUUCCAGCUCAUUUUAAUUAUUCACAACGACAAGCUAUCAAAGAUGCUGGUACUAUUGCUGGUCUUAAUGUAUUACGUGUUUUAGAUGAAUCAACAGCAGCUGGUAUUGCUUAUGGUUUUGAUAAAAGAAUGUCAGACGAACGAAAUGUAUUAGUAUUUGAUUUAGGUGGUAGUAAUGUUAAUGUAACAAUUUUAAAAAUUGAAGAAGAUAUCUUUAAAGUAAAAUCAACAGCUGGUAGUACACACGUAGGUGGAGAAGAUUUUGUUAAUCGAAUGGUUGAAUAUUUUGCUCAAGAAUUUAAAUGUAAAUACAAUAAAGAUUUACAAGGUAACAAACGUAGUCUUCGGCGACUACAUACUGCUUGUGAAUGUGCUAAACUUACUUUAUCAUCAUCAUGUAAAGCAUCAAUUGAAAUCGAUUCAUUACAUGAAGACAUUGAUUUCUAUUCGACAAUAACGCGUCAUUGUUUUGAAGAACUUAAUAUUGAUUUAUUUCAUUCAACAUUGGAACUUAUUGAAAAAGCUUUACGUGAUGCUAGAGUGAAUAAAGCAAAUAUUGAUGAUAUUGUUCUUGUUGGUGGUUCAACACGUAUCCCAAAAGUACAACAACUUUUACAAGAUUUCUUUAAUGGUAAACAAUUAAAUAAAUUAAUGAAUCCAGAUGAAGCUAUUGCUUAUGGAGCUGCUGUUCAAGCAGCUAUUUUAACCGAUAACCAAUCAGAAGCAAUUAAAAAUGUAUUGCUACUUGAUGUUGCACCAUUUUCAUUGGGUAUUGAAACUGUUAAUGGUGUUAUGACAACAUUAAUUAAAUCUAAUACAGAAAUUCCUACAGAAGAAACACAAACAUUUUCAUUAACAUCAUUUCCAAAGAGUCAAUCAGGAAUUAUUAUUAAAGUAUUUGAAGGUGAAAAUCCAAUGACAAAAGAUAAUCAUUUACUUGAUAAUUUUGAAUUUUCUGGCAUGUUAUUAAAUUCUGAUGAUGGACUAGGGAUUGAGAUUACAUUUGAUAUCGAUGCAAAAAAUAUAUUAACUAUUUUAGUUAGUGAUAAAACUUCUGGAAAAGAAAAAAGAAUGACAUUUACAAAUAAAAGCGAACAUUUAUCUAAAGAUGAAAUUCAACGUAUGAUUGUUGAUGCAAAAAUAUAUAAAAAAGAAGAUGAGAUACAACGUAAUCGUAUUAGAGUUAAAAAUUCAUUUGAAUCAUAUUGUUUUAACAUGAAAGCAAAAAUUAAUGAUAAAAAUUUGAAAGAUCAAAUUAAUGUUUAUGAUAAAAAGAAAAUGAUCGACGCUAUUGAUAACAUAUUGACAUGGUCAGAAACAAAUCAGUUUGCUGAACAAGAAGAAUUUGAAAAUAAACAAAAUGAUGUUGAAACCUUAUUUAGAAUCGAAGGUUUUGAAGAUAUACCUCUGUUAUCUUUGGAAAAUGCUGUCAAACACUUGGAGAAUAUUAUUCCAAAUGUAAGACGAAAUGCAUGGAUUGCCAAAGAAAGAUCUAUUGUUGUUGCUGAUGGACUUACUCAAGAUGAAUCAGCUGCUAUUCAAUUAUAUACGAUGGAAUGGAAACCAAGUGAUCAAUCAUUCUACAUUCAUAUCAAUACUGUUCUACGAGAAUCAAAUCGAGAUAGACUCACUCCAUUUUUAUAUUAUCUAAAGCUUGUUCUAACAGCUCUGUGGAAACUUCCAUCAAUAAAAACAACAGUAUGGAGUGGUGUUAAAGGUGACUUAAGCAUUCAAUAUCCGAUUGGUAAAGAGUUCGUCUGGUGGGGAUUCAGUUCUUGCACUAAAUCACGACGAUUUCUUGAACAAGAAGAGUUUUUGGGUAAGACAGGCGUAAGAAUCUUGUUUCGUAUCGAAUGUGAAACUGGCAAGUCUAUCCGUGCCCAUUCAUAUUCCAAAACAGAAGAUGAAAUUCUUCUUUUCUCAGCUACGCGAAUGCGAGUAAUCAAUCAAAUGGAUUCUAAUGAUGACGCAGUUGUUAUUCAAUUGCAAGAGAUUAAAUCUCCAUUUCUUCUGCUUCAAUCACCAUUCAUGUAA